AUGUCUUCUUCACAGGGUCUACUGACUUUCAAGGAUGUGGCUAUAAACUUUUCCAAGGAGGAGUGGGAAUGUCUGGACUCUGUUCAGAGGGCUUUGUACAGAGAUGUCAUGCUGGAGAACUACCACAACCUGGUUUCUGUGGUCAUUUCUGUUUCAAAAGCAGAGGUAUUAACAUGUCUUGAGCAAAACAAAGAACCAUGGAUUGAUGAUAAAGAGGAGAUAGAAGAAAGAGAACCAGUUGAGAAACUAUUCCCCAUUUCUCACACUAUAUUACAUUUCAUCUGCAGUAUGGAUUUUGAAUUAAAUAGUGUUCGUAUAUGA